CAGUAAGGAAACGGUAGGUGAAGUCUGAGUUGUUAGUUAAUUUGCUUCGUUUUUGGCCCAAUUUUAGGCCUAGACUUUAGCAACUCGGUUGCUUUUAAAAAGAUGAAUAUGUAGUGAUCAAAGUUUUGGUUUUAGCAAGGACUAACUUGGAGAAUAAAAAUGACAUGGAUUUCCACGCUUUUCGGGUUAUCAAGACGCAACUAAUGAUUACGAUUUGAAAAAUUAUAUAGUACGAACUAUGUGUGAAGCGUAAGAAUAUAUUAAUUUCAAAAUUACGUUUUGUCACGAUAGUGGCAAAGAACGUAUGCUUUUAUUUAAAAUGGGUAGAUCACGCAUAAUGAGCAGGCUUUCUUUUAAUUUGAUGUCCCGUGAGCCAAAACAGUGAAAUCGUCAUACAAUCAUUGUCGAUUUUCACAAACCAAUAACUGAUCGCUAACAGCACUGUUACAAGGCAACACAGAUUUACCCGUAAGAACGGAACGAUCAAUGUGCUCGACGGCUCUUGUCUUUAGGUGUUCUCCAUAUGCAUAUGUACUUUCAAAAUAAUAAAAUGAUAAAAAAAAUCUAUAUUAUAAUGCCCGUAUACGUCUGUCUGUCUGUCACGCAAAAUGGUAGCUUAGCUGCGCAAUAGCGAGAAGCACGCAAUGCGGUAUAAAAAGGACGGGCGAGCCAGUGGAUUUUCCUCGGGCUAACGACUAGUUUAUAAUAAAAAGCAAAUCUAAAGAGCAUUUGAAGAUAAAACGCAAAGCCAUUUUGUUUUGUUUGCGUGAGAUUCAAAAUUUAAUUUCUUCUUUUAUCGUGAUGUUUGUAUGAUUCAACAAACUUUACUUGAACGUGUAAUGUAAACAACAGAUGGGUAAACAAUCGAAAUUAAAAUUGACCCAAACCCUUAUUCACCUUUUGAUGUGUUUAUUAAAAAAUAAAAAUAAUACGUAUGCUUAGGGUUAGGGUUACUGUCACCAAAUUUGAAAGAUUGUAUUAGCUACAUGAAGAUGAACAGUGUUUUUUUUCUUUUCGGAGUUGUACAUCUGGUAUACUCAAGAACAUACCAUGUUGAUGUCAUGAACAAGAAGCACGAAAUAUGUAAACAAUUAUCUCACUUUGUUCCUAAUUUAUGUGAUUAUCCAACAGCUGCGCAAUAUUGUUUUGGUUUGUGCGGUGGAACAAGAGAGCUUUUGUCUUGCGGAAAACGUCCACCACUCGGCCGACGAGUUCGUCGAAUAGUAGGGGGUGUAAAAAGCAGACCAGGAGAAUGGCCCUGGCAAGUCAGUCUACGAUUGAACGGAACGCAAUGGUGCGCUGGUGCGAUUUUAUCUGAACAUUUUGUACUGUCUGCUGCCCAUUGUUUUGACGCUGGAUAUUCGAGCAUAAAUCCCGCAGAUUGGCGUGUUCAUGCUGGCGAUCAUGAAUUGUUAGCCAAAGAUAAAUUAGAGCAAGAAGUUAGAGUUCGAAAGAUUAUUCUACAUCCAAAAUAUAAUUACAGUGUCCAUAAAACAACACAGAAAUAUUGGGGAGUCCUUCAUAACGACGUCGCCAUAUUACAGCUAAAAACUGCUAUCAAACUGAAACAUUCCAACAAAGCAGCCAUCUGUCUACCAGACAACCAAAAAAUAAUUCCAGAUCUUUAUGGUUGUUACGCUGUUGGUUGGGGACACACUUCAUAUAACGGCACGCAACCUGAUGAAUUGCGUCACGCAAAAGUUUAUACGGUACCGAAUUCCAUCUGCAACAGCGAGGUCGCUUAUAACAACACAGUGAAUCCAAAAGAGUUGAUCUGCGCUGGUUAUAAAGAUGGCGGCAUAGACGCGUGUAAUUACGACAGUGGUGGAGCACUGGUUUGCAACAAGAAAGAUCGUUGGUAUGCGACUGGAAUCGUAUCCUCUGGUUUUGAAUGCGCGAGACCACAUUCGUAUGGUUUAUAUACUAAUGUAGCAGAGUAUAAAGAAUGGAUCAUCGAGAACAUUCUAUUGAAAGCAGAAUAAUGAGCUGUCCAAUAUUUACGAAAAGAAUACCUUAUAAAUUUUUAGCAGAAUGAUCCAUGAAA